UCCCUUCUCUCUCCUCCCUGUGUCCAGACCCAUCGUCCCCAGCCGACUUAUCCUCCUCGUUUAAACCCACCAUUUUCUUCUGUCUAUGUUUCCUUUUUCUUCUCUGAUUCCGUCCAGCCUCGGAUCAAAACGGAAAAUAGCCUCGUGACUCACGACACCCAGGCUAAUAUCUCUGGUGGCUUGAUGAGGUAACUUAAGGGAAGGCAGUCAAAAACAAAAAUGAAGUCGAUUCAGGCUAAUAACAGGGCCUUACCUAUUAACUGUCCACAUUUGUUAAAACCGCAAUUCCUGCCGUCUUAUCCGUAUGUUGUAUGUUUCAAUGCUAAGCUUCCAGUUAGCAACUCCUUGAAACUACUAGCAAGAGCAUCCCCAUGUCAACAACAAUUUGCUCCUCUGUUAAAGCACAAGAGAUAUGCAUCUUUGUCGAAAUGCCGGCAAGGAACUCGCCUUUGCAGACUAGGAGGUGAAGAUAAGUCGGCUGGUGACAAUGAGGGUUCACCUUGGAAAGCUAUUGAGAAAGCUAUAGGGAACUUCAGGAAAGAACAGUCAGUUGAGGAUGUAUUACGGCAGCAGAUUCAGAAACAAGAAUACUAUGAUGAAGGCAGUGGCAAAUAUCCACCACGUGGUGGAGGCGGCAAUGGUGGUGGUGGGGAUGGAUCUGGAGGGUCAGAGGAUGAAGGCCUUUCUGGGAUCUUGGAUGAGACCCUGCAAGUGAUCUUAGCAACCAUUGGCUUUAUAUUCCUGUAUGUUUACAUCAUUACUGGUGAGGAGCUUGCUCGGCUAGCGAAGGACUACAUUAAGUUUCUCUUUGGAGGAAAUAAAAGUGUUCGUUUGAGGCAUGCCAUGUACAAAUGGAGAAAGUUCUUUGAGAAGCUGACUGAGAAGAAGGAGUAUGAUCAAUAUUGGUUGGAAAAGGCUAUCAUCACUACCCCGACAUGGUAUGACAGCCCCGGCAAGUACAGACGGGUCCUCAAUUCUUAUCUAGAAUCAGAUGAUGACGAUGAUGAUGAUGAUGAUGAUGAUGAUGAGUACUCCUAAGUUCUGAUGUAAUUAUCUUUCUGAUCCUGAAAGAUAUUAGUGAGAAUGUCAUUCAUGACUGUUUGUGUUUCUGAAAAUGUUAGUCAUUAACGAAGAUCAUCAAUUUUGAUAAUAAAUUGUUGCGUUUUGGAAAAACUUCACUGUGUAUAGCAAUUGAACAGCAAGGAUAGAUGAUGAUUAUGAGCAAUGUUCAGUCAUUGAAUAGAGCUGUUACAUCGGAUAUCACGUUUUUCAACAAUAUUUGGGUUACUAUGAAAAAGGAAAGCCUUUGGGGAUGACCCUACCAUAAUA